AUGACCCGCUCCAGCGGGGCAUUCCCGAAUGUGAGCACAUCCCUGGCAUCCCGCUGGCCUCGCACCGAGUCAGUGACCCCGGGCAUCCUGCCUUGCGCGGUGAGGAUGGACGCCGAGCUGCUCGUCACUCCGCUCUUCCUCCUCCUCCUCCUCUCCGUCCUGUGGCUCCUGGUCUGGCGGAGUGACCCCAGGAGGAGCCAGCUGCCUCCUGGCCCAGCCCCGUGGCCCAUCCUGGGCAACCUGUGGCAGAAGGAUGUGCUGCCCCUCUACAGGCACUACGAGAAGCUCAGCAGCACCUACGGCCCCAUCUUCACCGUGUGGCUGGGGCUGAAGCCGGUGGUGGUGCUCUGCGGGUACGAGGUGGUGAAGGACGCCCUGGUGGGACACUCUGAGGAGUUUGGGGGCAGACCCUCCAUCCCCCUCCUGAUGCAGCUCUCCAAAAACUAUGGAUUUGUCUCUGACAAUGAGAAGAAGUGGCGGGAGCUGCGGAGGUUCACGCUCAGCACCCUGCGGGACUUUGGCAUGGGGAAGAGCUCCAUGUCCCAGAAGGUGCAGCAGGAGGCUCAGCACCUGGUGGAGCUGCUGGCAAAGCUCAAAGGAAAUGCCUUUGAGCCCAUGACCUUGUUCAGACACGCCGUGUCCAACGUGAUCUGCUCCGUGGUGUUCGGGAGCCGCUACAGCUACAGCGAUGCGGCGUUCCUGGAGCUGCUCAACGCCGUGGGGAACUACGUCAGCUUCUUCCUGUCCCCCGUGGCCAAGGUGUACAACACCUUCCCCAGCAUCAUGGACCGGCUUCCGGGGCCGCACAAGAAGGUUCUGGCUGACUGCCAGAAGCUGAAGGACCACAUCCAGGAGAAGGUGCAGUUCCACCAGCUGACUCUGGACUCCAGCUGCCCCCGGGACUACAUCGACUGUUUCCUGAUCAGAGCAGAGAAGGAGAAGGGCAGCCCAGAGACCAUGUACAGCCACGAAGACCUGAUCAUGUCAGUGUUCAGCCUCUUCGGGGCCGGGACGGUGACAACCAGCAACACCCUGGUGUUCUUCCUGCUGAUGCUGGCAAAGCACCCCCACAUCCAAGCCAAGGUCCAGGAGGAGAUCGAUGCCGUGGUGGGCUCUGGCCGUGCCCCCAGCACGGAGGACAAGCUGAGGAUGCCCUACACCAACGCCGUGAUCCACGAGCUGCAGCGCUUCCACAAGACCCGCAUCGAGAACUUCCCGCGCAUGGCAACGCAGGACGUGCUGUUCAGGGGCUACACCAUCCCCAAGGGCACUCCUGUCAUUCCAGUCCUUUCCUCUGUGCAUUCGGACCCAACCCAGUGGGAGAACCCCAAGAAAGUGGACCCCGCACACUUCCUGGAUGAGAAGGGCGAGUUCAGGAAGCGCGAGGCCUUCAUGGCGUUCUCAGCAGGGAAGAGGAUGUGCCCGGGGGAGGCGCUGGCCCGCAUCGAGCUCUUCCUGUUCCUCACCACGCUGCUGCAGAGCUUCACCUUCCAGCUGGCCACGGAGCACAGGGAGCUGGAUCUGUUCUCCCUGUGGCUCGAGAUCGAGAGCAGGGCGAUCCCGGGCAAGUUCUUCGCUCUCCCACGCCCAGUGUCCCCCUAA